AAACAACAUUUUUCCCCAUGAACCAUCAUCAAUGGUUACAGACAAACUGUGAAGGAAUCGACGAAAGGAAUUCUAGAAAGGGAGGGACUUAAUAUUCAACCCGACUUUGGAAUUUAAAGGAUCAUCGGUAUAACAAAACUUACGUAGUGGAUUACCGAGCGUUAAUCUUGGGUUUCUAAAGGAUCAGAGUCACUAUUGCAUGUUUGCCUGGAAGCUUGGACUAUUUGAUUCUGUGGCAAGUUUACCAAUAACACUGCCAGAGAUCUGGAUAAAUGUUUACACGAGACUCAAAUCUCUAAAUUCAUACAAACCUAAAUCCCUGGAAUUGAUCCCACGUACAUAAUUUUAAUGUUAGAGCUUCGACAUGCUAGUCAGAUGUUAGUAAUGGACACUUUAGUUGGACUAAAAAUGUGAAUGAUCUAUCGAUUGUUCAUUUCCGUUUGAAUUUUUUUACUUAAAAACGGCCAAAGAAUGGGGCCGCUAAUUGGUUCGUACCGUGAGGACGAUAAAGAGACUAUAAGUUUACCCCGAACUCCGCAUUCUAGGCGAACCAGAACAACAGACGACGGUCUGAUGGCAUUCGACUCAUCUUCCGAAUUCAGCUUCGAUGACAACCUUACGGACGAGGGGCGUUUGUCUCGAUCUUUACAGUCAUGGAUGCCCGAUUACACCAUUGUGCCCAUCGAGCCGAUGGUUAAACCUCCCAAACAACCAGUGUACUCGGGUCGACUUGGAAAAAAAUUGUCUUUGAAGCGAAUUCCGAGUGAUGAGUCGAUAGCAACUAAAUUGUCCUUGCUUUCAUGUUCAACAAGAGAUGUAUCACCCGAAGAACGCUCAAGUACCGCCACAAAACGGCGGCGUAAAAAGAAAAACUUAAGCUCUAGGGCUCCGUCUGCUGCAGAAAAGGUCGUAUCAAAAUGGGAAGAGUUCGCAAGGCAACGUGCCAAAGGUGCUCUGGAUAAAUUUUCGAAAACCCACAAUGCGAUGAGAAUGGACGUUGUUCAACGAUUUGAAGAUGACGAAAGUGAAGCAUUUCGUAUGAUGGAUAAAGAUGAAAAGAAGAUGUUGAUUUCAGUAGGAAUAAUAAGGAGUCGACUGUUUGCAGGACAACUUAAAAAGACUCCCAGUUUAAGUGAUGUGAGGGAUUCAUUCACUCCUUCACAACCUAGACAUGUUCAAAGAGCUUUAUCGGUUGGUGCUAAACCUCGAAGUCGUGGCAUUAAUUUGGAGGAAAUCAGAGAACAAAGAAUGCGAGAAAAGAUAGCCCUGAUGCAACAAAGACAACGUUCUCGAGGGGGAAGACGCUCUUUUCUCUCUCAUCGUCAGCUGACUCGAACAACACUAACAUCUAGCGCGGGAUCAGUGGCACCAGCGACGCCUUCACCUCGAUCUGGUUCUCCGGUCAAUCAGGAAGAGAAAGUAUCUGUAUGGAAGGGAGACAGACAAAUCUUGGAGAUGGAUUUAAGACGUGGUUUGACAAAACGUGUUCAGAAAAAGAUCAUGUCUACCACUAUGGCAAUUAAUUUAGUGACGGGUUACGGAGAAUCGAACGAACGGCAGACAGUGAUUGGUCGACAUGAGGAGUUUCCUUCCUACGUGGAGGAGGAUUAUUGUAAUGUGCCAAAAAUAGUACAGCGAAUUCGCAUUACGCCCGAUCUUAGCCUCGUCAUCAAGGACGAUAUACGCGUUCGAAUGGGUCGACCGCGUUAUCAUGAAAUAAGGAUUAAGGAUUUAGAAAUGUGGAAUAGAGGACAAGUAUUGAACAGAUCACAUAGAAACCUUAAAGUGUUCAACUGGCUUCACAGUCUAAAGGAAAGUGAUUUUGAUAAAGACAUAGAACCCUACAUUGAUGAUAGCGUUCCUGCUUCCCCUGAUGACGUAGAUGUUUUACACGUGGAAGCGGCGGACGAACCCGAUAUUAAACCUCUAUACAUGAAAAAAUUCAAUAUGAAAGGUUCUAAAAAGAAAAGUUUGAGAAAAAUAUGAUUAACAUGAUUUUAUACA